AUUGUCUAAUUUUAAAAGCGUAAAGUUUUAAAGACGCCCUUGAAGUAUUUAUUGGCAAAUUUAACCUUGGAAUCGCUGUAACUCUCGAGAUUUUCUCAGGAUUCCUUGGAUUGACUCUAGUCUUGGAUUUUUUGGCCCUUUUUCAGCAAACUUUACACAACAUGGCAGAAAGAGGCGGUUUCGGCUCCGGAUUCGGAAGAUCCAGGACCGGCAAAAGAGGCGGCGGACGUGGAAGAGGCGGUGCUGACGAUGAUUUGAAAAACUGGGUCCCAGUGACAAAGUUGGGUCGUUUGGUCCAUGCUGGACUUAUAUCGUCGAUUGAGGAGAUUUACCUCCAUUCCAUUCCAAUCAAGGAGUACCAAAUCGUAGACUAUUUCUUCUCACCUGAAAGGUCACAACACAAGCUUGUUGACGAUGUCGUAAAGAUUGUUCCAGUACAAAAGCAGACAAAUGCUGGUCAGCGUACUCGUUUCAAGGCCUUUGUAGCUGUCGGAGACUACAACGGACACUGCGGAUUGGGCACAAAGUGCGCAAAGGAAGUUGCCACCGCCAUCAGAGGCGCUAUUAUUGCCGCCAAGAUUUCCCUCAUCCCAGUCAGACGUGGAUACUGGGGAAAUAUGAUUGGCGAGCCUCACACUGUUCCAAUGAAGGUCCAUGGAAAGUGUGGUAGUGUCAGAGUCAGGCUUGUUCCUGCUCCCAGGGGUACUCAGAUCGUCGGUGCUCCAACAACCAAGAAACUCUUGGCAUUCGCUGGCAUCAAGGAUUGCUUCUCCGCAUCCAGUGGAUCCACCAAGACCAGGGGCAACUUCCUCAAGGCCAUCUUCAACGCCCUCUCCUGCACAUAUGGAUACCUCACUCCAGACUUGUGGACAAAGGUUGCCCUGCAACAGUCGGUGUACGAGGAGUACUCUAGCUUCUUGGCCUCCGCAAAGGCUUACGCCAAGUAAGAAGUAGUGAUUUU